AGAUUUGCUCUCUCUAAAGGGAGCGAAUAAAAUGACAAGACCAUAUUGGAUUCUUUCUCUUUCAAUUUUCCUGAACUUCUAGCAAGGUCCCUCCGAAAGGGCUUCAGUUGUCUGACGAGAUCAGUUGAGAGAGAGAUUCUACUCAGGAUAACAGGUGAAUUCCCAAGAGUAUAUAGCUUAGUAGGUGGUGCCUUGUGUUAUGGACACUAGCAGUUUCAGGCCAGGUGAAUCUCAUGUAGCACAGCAAAGCAGAAGAGAUAAGCUAAGAGUUCAAGUGAUUUCAACUUCAGUUCAGCAUUUGGAUGACGUCCCUAACAAUUUGGAACAGUUGUCAGUCCAUUCUGGGCUAAACCCAGAUCUUGUUCAGGUUCGAAAUGUUAGGAAUGCCAAUAUGCUCUAUGACCCGACAACUACUACAGUGUUUUCCUCCGAAACGCUCAAUUUUGCAACUAGUUCUAAUGGUUGUUUACCAGCUCCAAGGAGUGCGAUGUUUGAUGAAGAACUAGGUGCAGUACAACCCAGUAGGCCUAUGCCAGGGAUCUCUUCAUUCUCUAAUAUGUCUCAUCCAAUUUCCUCCAAAAUUAAUGCUUCACCUAAAGCCAGUUCCAGUGACCCACAAGCAUGUAGCAACUGGAGAAGCAGUGAUUCACAGCAGUGUUAUGACUGGAUGGCGAAUUAUGCAAGUGGAUCAGUAGGUAGGCAAAACAAUCAAAAACCUAUUUUUGAUGGGGAUGUCUUGUCAAAUAAUGCAAGGGUAACCAAUAUUUCUACGCCUACACAAUAUAUGAAGCCUAUUUACAAUGGAUAUCAAAGUGUUCAAUCUUCAUUGGCCAAUCUCUCCAGUGAAAUUCCUGGUCAAGAUAGCCAAAAACAACAUAGGGAGAUGCAAUUUGCUUCCCAUAUGCAUCCACUCUACCAGAACACACCGGUUGAUGUUGUUAGUCCAGCUUCCAAUAUUGGAGGGAAUGAACGGAUUCUCCUUCCGGCCGCAUAUGGAAAUCAAUCGACUGCUUCAUAUUUCGAAAAUGCCAAUACUUGGAUGAACAGGCCUGUCGACAAUUGCCAUCAAUGGAGUAGUGAAUUGGGUCUUAUUACUAGGAAGAAUGGCCAAGAGUUGAGGACUCUUACAAGUGAUCCCAAUACUCAGGUUCUAUCUCUUUCUCUUUCAUCAAAUCCACCAUCUAGAGGGAAUGUAACUCAGUUUGGAGAGGGAUACGAGUCUGAAUACUUGCAAUCAAAGUCUGGUGUUCUCAAAGAACCUCAUCAUCAAGAUUCCAAAAUUUUCAAUUCUUCAAAUUAUUUGUGUUCAAUGUCAAAGCCAGCAGUUAUCGGUAGAGGUAGUGGGAAAUCGUUUAAUGAUAUAGUGGGUACGUCUAAUUAUAAUGUUCUUCGAAAUGCUGGUCCUCUCGGGCCUUUUACCGGAUAUGCAACUAUUCUAAAGAGUUCUAAAUUCUUGAAGCCAGCUCAACAGCUAUUAGAUGAGUUCUGUAGUGCAACAGGUUCAAAACUUUUAAUAGCUUGUGAGGGGUCUGCGAGGAUUUCUGGAGCUGAUGCGGAGACUGGGCCUGAAGACAACAACAAUAGUUUCGGCGUCUCAUUAUCUGCGUUCUACGGCUCUAAUGAAGCAACUGGUGAUGUUGGAGUUGCGAGGAGUUCUUGCGAAUCUUUCACGCCGGAGUACCAACAAAAGAAGGCAAAGCUCCUAUAUUUGCAGGAGGAGGUAUGGCGAAGGUAUAAGCAAUAUCACCAGCAGAUGCAAAUGGUGGCUUCAUCAUUUGAAUCUGUUGCAGGUCUCAGUGCUGCUACCCCGUACGUUUCUUUGGCUCUCAAGACAGUUUCAAGGAAUUUUAGGUGCCUAAAACAUGCUAUCUCGGAUCAGCUUAAGAAUGUAACAAAGGCCCUGGGGGACGAUUUGUUGUCCCCUAAUACAGGUGCGAGCACUAGUAAAGGUGAUACAAGCACAUCAACGCUGAGAUACAUGGAUCAAAGCUUUCAGAGGAACAAAUCUGGUGGGGCUAAUGUGGGCUUCUUUGAACCCCAACAACACGUCUGGAGGCCCCAAAGAGGUCUACCAGAACGUUCAGUGGCCAUUCUUAGAGCUUGGCUGUUUGAGCAUUUUCUUCAUCCGUACCCCACGGACACAGAUAAGCACAUGUUGGCCACUCAAACGGGACUAACUCGAAACCAGGUCUCAAAUUGGUUUAUAAAUGCCCGGGUACGCGUUUGGAAACCUAUGGUUGAAGAAAUACACAUGCUUGAAACCAAAGGUUUGGCAGAAAAUCGAAUACUUGGGAAUCUUGAUGGAAAAUCUGCUGAGGGUGCUAGCCAGCAAAAUCAGGAGCAAUCCGCAAAUAAUAUGGGUGCAGAUUCUAUGCUUAAUAAGCAGUUGGAGUGCUCCGGUACAGGUUCCUCAGCGGGCUGUGGAGAACAACUGCAUGCAGAGCAGUGGAAUCAAGAGAAAAGAUCAAGAACAGAGUUACAGGUUCCAACUAGUAUGGAAGGAUCAGUGAUGAAUUUUUUGCCAUACCAGAGGAAUAGUGGCAUCGACAUUGGAGGACUAGGAGCCGUUUCACUAACACUCGGGCUCAGGCAUGGUGUAGAAAAUGCUCAACAGCAUCAGCAUCCACAAUUGCAGCAACAUGAGGAUCAACUUAGGCGGCAAUUUGGAGGUCAGAUGAUUCACGAUUAUGUGGGUUGAUUUAUGUUAUAAGUUUUAUCUUUAAAUGGAAGUGAAAAGCGAAAAAUUAAGGAGGGAGAAGAAAAAGCUCCUUCACCAAUUUAUAUCCUAACGUUGACUAGGAAAAUCCAUUUGCAAUACUGUUGGAAUCUCUAUCUUCAGGCUUUGAUUUGGUUUUAUUCCAAAUAGGAGAGAUAUAAAGGUGGUCUAAUUAAUAUACCAAAACCAAUGUAAAGAUUUCAGUUUGAUCUUACAAUCCAAAUUUCAUUGCUGAUUUAUAA